AUUUUUGUGAGAUCAAGUCAUUUCUGCCACUUACAAAGCUGUAUCUUAUUUAAAGCAGAAAACUUUUAAAGUUGGAAUAUCGCUUUUCCUGUUUUUCUAGUACUUGUGUUGGGCUGAGUGUAUUAUCUACAGGGUCAAGUCCACAACUCCAUUUCAGAACUGAUCAACGACAGCUAUGACAGCAGCCUCAGUGUAUAAGGAAGUGCAUCUGCCAAAACUGUCCUAAGAACAUUAUAUUAAAUACAAGCGCUGUCAUGACGGGUAUUUCUGCUUCGUUACCAGCAUUCUUUCCAGUGACAGCAACAGGAGUAUUGGUAUGUAGAAUUGAUCGUUGUAUCUCAGGACCAGUAGAUGACUGUGCUUGGUAUCCAUUCUUAAAGGUGAAGCGCCAACAGUUCAUGGAGCUGCCCUUCACAAAUCUUGAAGUAGCUUUCAUCUUGCUGGCUUUUGUGAUUUUCUCUUUGUUUACCCUGGCUUCUAUCUACAGUGACCCCCAAGACAACAAUGAAGAGGAAUGCUUCAUACAGGAAGUACACAAGAAAAGGAGCAAGUCCAACAAGAAAAAGAUGCAUGCAAGUGUGACUGAAGUGGUUUAGAAUAAGAAAUACUACUCAAACCCACUGUUAGAAAUACUUCUGAAAAAAGUUACUUUGGAAGCUGGUCACCUGAAGACAGUGAGAUAAAGGAUAUGAGAAAGGAAGGACCCGGUCAUCCAUCAGAUGGAAUCCAGACAUGACCAUUAGAGUUAAUGAACCACGACCCAUGAAGCAGCUUCAGCACCUUUUUACAACCCCACUUCAUGGCCUUAAUAAAACUAUCACGGCUUUUUUCACAUAGCACAUCUGCUCUAAAUUCUAAAAGGAGAAACUUUAAAUUCAGAAGUUACAUUUGGUUUCUUCCCUGCUUUUCAAUCAUGUAUAAAGUAUAUUUAAUAGCUAUGUAUUUACUUUUCUAUCUAUUAAGUCAACAGAACACAGAAAGAUACAUAUUCUACAGAGAGACUGUAGAGCAUUACUAUAGUAGUUGCUUAAUCUACAUGAACACUAAUACACUGCUGAAGCUGACUGAAAAGUAACAGGCAAACACUUUUUCAAAACUCUGCAGUAUAUUGACAACUAUGUUCAAGUAUUGUUUUAGAUCUCAGAUAAGUAGAAAGUUUAUACAACACUUUGAAAACAAAAAGUUCAUUUGCUGCUUUUGAAAGGUGCCUAGCCGUGAUAUUGAAGUCCUCCAUUUCUUCAGAGACCAGAUACAGCUAACGGAGCAAUGCCUCUUUCUUCCCAAAGUCUUGAAGAUGUGCUGAACUUUUCAGCUUCAGAUUGGAAUUGAUUUUACUUGACUCUUGGACAAAGCAUUUUUGCAAUUUUUUGAUCCUACCCAUUCCCUCUAGGUCUCAAGUACUAGUAGUACAUCAGCAAUAACCUUGCUUCUGUCCAUGAGUAAAAGUGAGGGAAAAGACAAAGUAGUCCAUAGACUAAUUCUUACAAGGCUCAGAGACACUGUCUCACUACCAGCUGCAUCAUGAUUCCAUCUUCUCACUGAGUUAAAAAGUGAUUGCAUAUGUCCUGCCUCUGAGCAAGGCAAAGGCAUCUCAGCAAUUGGUACUCCUUUAAUUCUGAACUGAAGGAAAAGCUUCAUUCAGAAGUAAGAGUCCAGCUUGGUGUUGCACAUGGCUCCUGCAUGUGCAGGACCUCAUCAGGAGUUAGAAGCCAUUAGUCCUCAAGGGAAGUGGCUCACAGAUCUCACUAAGGAAUGUAUGUUUACUCAUACAUUCCACUUCUCUUUCCUACUUUUAGUACUGUUUAUUCUUUACUAAAACUGAACCUUGUUCAUGUUGCAAUAUCAGAAAUUGCUAUUACUGUCAUUGAAAUCCUUUCUUGUGGUGAAAUUACUUUUAAUUAAAAAAGUAUAUUGCUGUCUUCUGUAUUUUCAGUAUGGGCAAACCUAUGUUGAUAAAUUAAAUGCAACCCAGGUCUUUGCUUAAGGAGAUUCCUUUUUUUAAAAAAAGAUCCAGUACUUUUCUUUCUCUGAAGACAAAGAGAUGAUCAGAAGAAGGUAAGGAAAAAGUACAGUAAAAAUAAAAUGAAGUUUAUUUGUUUGACUGGGCUGUAGAUGAAUGCUAAAGGAAUAUUAUAACAUCUUGCUCUAUCUUAAUUAACAGAUUAAAUAAUAAAUGCUUCAGCUUAUUCUA